AGCGCAACGACGCGACACAAGGGAGAGACGUCAGGAAAGAUGGCGUGUGCUUAGGCAAGUCGUUCACCUCCCUGAUUCAGUGCGUUUAAUCCAGGGUCUGGCGAGGAGCGGUAGAAAAACUCACAAGGAUCAAGACUUCGCAGUAAAAGAGUGACUGAACUGGAUUUUUUUUUUGAUUGAAGAAGACAGCUCCUGUCAUAAUAAGCAUUUUUGCUUUAACAAAACCAAACAGGGGGCGGGUUUGGUUAAAUAUUAUUGGCCAGGUGUUUGUAGCUGUUCCAGUUGCCAUCUGUCCAGGGUUGUCACAUAUGCUAAUACGAUAAUAUUAUUAUAAGUAUUGUCUAUUACCACACACUGACGCUGUGUUUACGUUGGUACUAGUUUUUGACGAGUCUCAAUGUCGGACAAUCAGAGUUGGAAUUCUUCGGGUUCCGAGGAAGAUGUCGAAACAGAGUCCGGGGCGCCUGUUGAGCUUUGCGGGGUCCUCAGUAAGUGGACCAACUAUAUCCAUGGAUGGCAGGACCGCUGGGUGGUUUUAAAAAAUAACACCUUGAGUUACUACAAAUCUGAGGAUGAGAGGGAGUUUGGCUGCAGGGGGUCGCUUUGUCUCAGCAAAGCCCUCAUCACGCCCCAUGAGUUUGAUGAGUGUCGGAUUGAUAUCGCUGUCAAUGACAGUGUUUGGUACCUACGUGCUCAAGAUCCAGAGCACAGGCACCAAUGGAUAGACUCUAUAGAACAACACAAGGCAGAGUCUGGCUAUGGCUCGGAGUCAAGCUUACGACGCCACGGAUCCAUGUUGUCUCUCACGUCUGCAGCAAGUAAUUACUCUGCCACGUCCACAUCGUCCUUUAAAAAGGGGCACAGUUUGCGUGAAAAGCUUGCUGAAAUGGAGACGUUCCGAGAUAUUCUUUGCAGGCAGAUUGACACUCUGCAGAAGUACUUUGAUGCCUGUUCCGAUGCCGUUUCCAAAGAUGAGCUCCAGCGAGACAAAGUGGUGGAAGAUGAUGAAGAAGACUUUCCUACAACCCGAUCUGAUGGGGAAUUUCUGCACAAUAAUAACGGCAGCAAAGAGAAAUUAUUCCCAUGUGUAACACCCAAAGAAAUCAAUGGCAUUGACUUUAAAGGAGAAGCUAUAACUUUUAAGGCUACCACUGCUGGUAUACUAUCAACACUCUCACACUGCAUCGACCUCAUGAUGAAACGUGAAGACAGCUGGCAAAAAAGACAUGAUAAGGAAAUGGAAAAGAGAAGGCGAAUAGAGGAUGGGUACAAGAUUGCACUGAAUGAAUUUAAGAAGAAAUCUCACUUUGGCGGCCCUGAUUAUGAGGAAGGUCCAAACAGCCUUAUUAAUGAAGAUGAGUUCUUUGACGCAGUGGAAGCUGCUCUUGACAGGCAAGACAAAAUUGAGGAGCAGUCUCAGUCUGAGAAGGCCAGGAUACACCGGCCCACCGCAGUGCCUUCUGGGGAUGCCUAUACGACGGUUGGCACCUACAGAUUUGCCCAGCAGAACUAUAGUCGCUCUCCCUCCAUGUCUUCCAUUGAUCUAGUCAGUGCCUCUGAUGAUGUUCACAGAUUCAGCACCCAGGUGGAGGAAAUGGUUAAGAAUCACAUGACCUACUCUUUGCAAGAUGAUGGAGGGGAUGCCAACUGGCAGCUGGUGGUAGAAGAGGGAGAAAUGAAGGUGUACAGGAGAGAGGUGGAAGAAAAUGGAAUUGUGUUGGACCCUCUAAAAGCAACCCAUGUCGUCAAAGGGGUCACCGGGCAUGAAGUCUGCCAUUAUUUUUGGAAUGUUGAUUUCCGUAAUGAUUGGGAAACAACUGUUGAAAACUUUAAAUUGGUAGAAAGAUUGUCAGACAACGCAGUCAUCAUCUAUCAGACACACAAGAGGGUUUGGCCUGCCUCUCAAAGAGACGUGCUCUAUUUAUCAGCAAUCCGGAAAAUUAUUUCUAACAAUGAAAACGACCCUGACACAUGGACUGUCUGCAAUUUCUCUGUAGAUCAUGAAAAUGCCCCCCUCACCAACAGAUGUGUGCGUGCCAAAAUCAACAUAGCACUGAUUUGUCAAACACUAGUGAGUCCACCAGAGGGCGACAAAGAGAUCUGUAGAGACAACAUCUUGUGCAAGAUUACCUACGUUGCAAAUGUGAAUCCUGGUGGCUGGGCACCUGCAUCAGUCCUCAGAGCUGUGGCAAAGAGAGAGUAUCCCAAAUUCCUAAAGCGUUUUACAUCAUACGUCCAGGAGAAAACUGCUGGAAAGCCUAUUCUUUUCUAAUGUUUGGAGUGUUUUGCCAAGUCCCUUGUGUGCUUUGCUCCAGUGAUUUGAAACAGGCUCUGUUCACAUUCCAUACCUGGAGGAAUCCGCUGCAGCUGAAGCGCCUGCAAGAACCUCAGGUCUGCAGUUGUAAUGAAGACCAUUCAGCAGCGAUCGCGCCUUCAAGCUAGUAACGUCAGGAACACAGCAGCCUUGUGACCACAAUAUACAACACUAGUACUCUGAUAACUUCUCUUCUGCAUCAGUGUGUUAUACUAAAUACAUCUGUAUGGCUGUCAUUUAUGUUGCUCUUGUGGGGAAGAUACACAAUCAGACAUUUGAUUUUACAAACUGUGGUUUAAUGGCUUUAAUUAAUAAAUGACUUACACAGAUGUUGCUAUAGACCUGCAGUAAUAGCCAAAAAUAUUGUUUUACAAAAAAUUAUUAUAUUAAGUUUAUAUCGUCAUGUUGGAGGUCUAAAGUAAGUGGUGGUGGUGGUUGUUCUUUUGGUCUUGCUUUUUGUAAACGUCCAAAUAUGUUUGUUUGUUUUUACUUGCUAUGUAUAAUCACUGAUCUUCAUGCUGCUAAUUGUUUCUUAAACAGUCGUCUUGUUUGUAAUACCUGUUGAGGGCUGUGAGUGACCUCGGACCUUGCCUUUUCACUCUGUGGCUCUCCUAUGAAGAACGCUAGUUCUGAUGGACUAAGAGUUUGAAAAGCUUGAUUUCUAUUUGUUCUCCUUUUUCAGAUCUCUAUAUUUCUACUGUAUUUUUAGUUGUAUCUGUGUUAUACAAAUGUGUUGGGAUUUAAAACAAAAAAAAUGUAAGUUAAAAAUAUCAGCUGGCAGGAGGGAUGGCUUGAAUCUAAUUUGUGAACAAUGAUGGUGCAAGUCAUGCAGUACAGCCAUGCCAUCCAGAAAGCAGACCUGUAUUAUAAGUUGAGCAAUAAUUAGUUUGGCCUUGAUAAAAGCCUCCCAAGUCUAAAACUAAUUGAUGUAAGUACAUUAUUUAGUCCUAGUAGAUUACAUUUUAUUCAUUGGGAAAUAAUGGGAAAUUAGCACCUUUUAUUCUAAACACAUAACCCCACCCCUUCCUUAUGCCAGUACAUCUAUGAUUAAUUAGUCAGCUGCAUUGUACAAAAUUGAUGGAGAUUUUUAAAAGUUCCCUAGUUUGCUGUGUUGCAAGAUCCACAUCCAGCUUUGUCUAGUGGCAUGUCAUUUUGUAAAAACUUCAUGUUGAAGAAAUUCUUUUUUUUUUUUUUUUCGUGCACCACCAGAGAAGUGUCUCCAUCUUAAUAUUAGCAGGGCAUGUGUUUUUAUCAAUGGGACUGCUGCCAAAACAGGAGAAACAAACUUUGUAAGAUAGGAUUAACAUAUUGUAGAAAUGUACAUUUAUACUUUGCAUCUCAGACAAACAUUUCACUAGCAAUUUUAUAUCUGACUGGUUAUUUUAUAAGUUUUUUUUUUUUUUUUUUUUUUUUUUUUUUUUUUGCAAUUAACAAGAACAGCCCAAGUGGACAUACCGUUUCUUCUGCAUAGCUAGUAACGAUUGGAUCCUAAACCCCCAAAAAAUCCAAGUGGAAUGUUAAACCUAUUAAUACCUGUAGGGUCAGGCAAGAGGAUUUUUCCAAAACCAAUCAUUUAGGUUGUUUUGAUCUUAAAAAUAAAGAUGUAAAAAUGUUUGGGAAGUUUACAGGGAAUGUGUAUAUCUGAUGGUGUUCUAAUUAGUUGCAGUUGCACUAAAUGUGAUGUAAUUUUGAAAUGUUCUGUAAAUAAAAUGAUUACACUAAAGAAGCCUUUGUAAUGAUAAAUCAUACUGUUUAAAUGUAUGACAGUCCAGUGCCAUGGCUCCAGUGAGGUCAGCCUUGGCCAGUGCAGUGCAACCAGUGAACCAUUUUAUUUUUUAUUUUUUUUGGUAAGGCAUUGAUAGACUAGAAAGCAGCAACAGAGCAAGACUCAGUCCACAUGGAGAAUACAUAUAAAUGGGAUAUUCCUCUGAUUGUUGAUACUGUCUCCAUUCUGGAUUUGAUUCUCCAUUAUUACACAUGCACUGGCCAGUUCUCAAGAAUACUUUCACCAAUCGUAAACUCAUCAGUCUGAGCUGAUUUAUUUGACAGUGGGUUGCUGAUAUCCUGUAAUCUUGUACAGCUGACCAGUAAAGUUUAUUCACCAAAUGUGUACAUUGAUUUGCCUUUCUCUUCCCACACAUUUGAGGUGAAAUGUUGCUCGAAGUACUUUUGGCAGUGUAUAGUGUACUGUUGUGUUAUAGACUCUUUAUAAAAUUAGUUAAACUAUAGAAAUGUUGUUAGCUCUUGUGACAAUGGUAUGGAUCUGUACAAAAUAUGUUUAAAGCAAAUAUGAUUGAGAACAAAAAAGAAAAUCAUUUACAAAGAGUUUGCCUCUUCCAUGUUAUUGUCUCAAAUUAAAAUCCAGUAUUUAAAGUAAUUAAAAUAA